AUGUCUCCUGACACUCUAUUCGGCUGUCUUUAUCAUUCUCUCAUAACACUGCGUUUAUCAAAAUUAAUUCAAAUGACUACUGAUAACAAUAAAUCUUCGAAUACAACGGUUGGCUAUACACAUCGUCAACUGUUACAAAUCCUUCUAAAUCCAACUUACUAUCCAAUUGGUAUUCAAAUUCGUACAAAUGACGAUGUAUUUAAACAAACAAUUGAAUCCAUGUAUAAACCGGAACAAUUCUCUGCAUAUUUUAACUGUGCACAACAACUCAGUCAACAAAAUUCAAAUUCAGUUACAUAUCUAAUGUCAGAUACAUCACAAUUACGUCGUGAAGCAUUGAAAUAUUUUAAUAAUACAAACACCUUUCAUCUCAUAGCACAUGUUGAUCGUGUCCUUCAUAUGCAAGUAACAAAACAUUUAGUUGAACAAGCGCUUAGUAGUGCCCUGUUCGAUGCAUUUCUCUAUAUGAUGUGUGAACACCAUAUUAUAUGUGAUGAUAGCGGUUACGGACGAUUUGCAGCAUUUGCCGGUUUGAAACGACGUAGUAUAUUUGCAUUUACCGGUAGUAGUCAGAAUACAAAUCGAUUAAUAUGUUCAAAUAAUGGUGGUACGCUAUUGAAAGAGGCCGGCAGACGUUGGUCCGGUAUUAAAUGA